AGCCAAGAUGGCAGCGGAGGAGCAGAGUGGGAGCGCGGCUGGGCCUGAGCGCGCAGAGGAGGUUGGAAUGCAGAUAUUAAGAGGUGGUGCGUUUCUGACCACAGUGGCCACAGCAGGAAUGAUCGCUGGAUUCGGCUCCACCCUUGCUUUGGCUAAGAAAAGGAGCCCUGAGUGGUUCAGUAAGGGUGUAGCGAGCACAGCGGCGGUGCCCGAGAGCGGAGCGUCGUUAGCCCUGCGUGCACUCGGGUGGGGUUCCCUGUACGCUUGGUGUGGAGUCGGCCUUCUCACCUUCACCGUGUGGAAAGCUCUGGGUGUCCACAGUUUGGUGGAAUUUCGACAGAAAAUGCAGUCCAUCUUUCCUGCCAUCCCAAAGAAUGAAGAUGUUCAGACAAACGCAGCAGCAGCUUCUGAGUGGGACUCGCUGUUUAAGUCCAAAUGAUCACUGAUGUGGUGGUGAAGAGUUUUAUACGUCUGUUCACUGGAUACACAGUGCGUGACUCCAGUUUCCUUCCAUUUCAAACCCAAGGACUGUUUAAGGAGGGAAUUCACAUCCAUGGUGUUGAAGAAAAGACCAACUCUUACUAGCUUUAGUACUCUGUUUUAGUGUGUACACCUUUUUAAAGAGCCAGAAUGCCUGGAUGUUUGAUGAAGCUCCUGGUUCAAAGGACAUUUUGUUAAACUGCCUUCGUAUGUGGUACAGGUUUGUGGAAGAGCUGCGUGUUAAAGACGGUUUAACAAAAAACCACAAGGAUCGAUCGUGUGGGUGAAAUUAAGUCUCAAGUUUAAAGCUGCUGGAUUUAUCUCCAGGGCCUCUCGUGUAAAGCAGGACCCGUCAACUGCUGGGGUUUGGCCUGGAGGUGGAAAGAGCAAAAUCUGCUGUAUGACAGUUUGUGGACACCUGACUAACACUCCUCCCAUUUAUUCCCCCUUUGCUGCUGUAAGAAGCUCCGCUCUUCUGGAGAAGCUUUACACUCGAGUUUAGAUGGUGGCUGGGAGGAUGUGGGUUCAGGUGCAAUCAGUGAUCAAGUUCAUCCUAAAGGUGUUCAGGGGUUGAGGUUAAGGAGGUGCAGGACAUGAGUUCUUCCACUCCACCCUUCUUAAACUCUCAUCAUUAUGAUGCUAGAACAGGCUUGGGCCCCUUCGGUCCACUGAGGCAUUUAUCCAGAGCGACGUACAACAUGCUCAGAGCAGGCAGGGGUUCGGUGCCUUGCUUAAGGGAACUUCAGCCAUUCCUGCUGGUCCAGGGAUGUGAACCAGCAACCUUUUGGUCCCAGAAGUGUUUCUCUAAUAAAUAAGUGUGCUUCUAACUUUAUGGCAAACAGUUUAAGGUAGAAAGAAAACACAUGGGUGUGGUGGUCAGGUGUCCACAAACUUUUGGACAGACUGCAUGUAGUCUGUGUUGGUGCUGAAAUGAAGCACCAGCGUGAAUCAAAAUCCAGCUGCAUGUUUGCAGCAUUGAGCCGGUCACUAACGGUUGGGUAACUGCUGCCACGAGUCAGUCAUUUUCUCAACAAUGAACCGGUUCUUCGUAAGUUCUCGUGUCUGUAGGAAACCGACCCUAAGUGUUUUUUAUAUUUAAUAUACAUCAAAGGUUUAAAAAUAGGAAAAACAGAAAUCCCAGCUGAACUUACUGGACAGACUGAUCUCAGAUCUGUCCUCAGGGAGAGAACCUCGUCGUCUUCUGAAGUUUCCAGGAAAGCCCACAGCGCAAGAAAGAAGAACUGGUCAACUGUGAAUGUCUAAUAAAGCUUCCAAACGAGCACAGCUUAAGUUUCUCAGGAUCAGCGUGCGCUAAAUACGCUCAACGUACAUUCAAGCAGGUAGUAGGCAAGUUUUAAUAAAAGCAACCUCAAAGGGACAAGCAACAUGGACUUGGUAAGCUGCUCUUAUACAAAAACACUUCCUGGAAGAUUAAAUCAGGCUAUUUGUGGAAAAGGAAGCAGUGUUCGGAUGCUGCUCCAGAAAUGCAGCAUGUGAUCGCUUCCACAAAUGUAAUUAGCGUAAAGUCAUUAAAACGGUCUGAAACACUGACGUCGGAGCAGCCAGCUGGUGAAGCGUAGCUACAUCUGAGCACCCCAAUUUACUGCCAAUAUAAAUUUAGAAAUAUUGUGCUGUUAUUCCAUGAUUAAUUUGUUUGGCAAAAUUCCGGGCAUUCAGCUGAUUUCUUUCCAGCACAGCUGAUUCAGCUUAUGUAAUUUUUGAAAGCAUUCAAGAACUGAGUCAGCGCAUGAUUCAACGCGUGCAUGACUCAAGCACCUACGAGCUUUUAUACCGCUGGCGUUAAGAUACCGCAGUGCUGUCCGUCGUAAACCUGGUUUCUGAGACGAGACGUGUAGAAUCAGUAUUACGCCGAGUGUUGUAAAUUAAUUAUUUCGCUUCAAAGUGAAUAACACAAAGCAGCCAAAAACCACCUUCACAGUGCUCAACCAGAUUUCAUGUACAUUUACUUUAACAUGUGGAACAUGUAGUAUAAAGACUUUAUACUAAUAAACAAUGUUCAUCAAAUCAUAUGGCAUGAAAAAAGUUCA